AUGGCAUUGGAAGAGAGAAGUUUGUUAGAAAUCAUGGCUUCCAUGAACGAUUCAACAAAAAAAAAGUUGGGACACCAGCUUGGAGAACUUGUUCUUGAUUGCACUUUUGAAGGAUACAACUGUCUAGAAGACGGAAAUUUCGACUACUUUUUCAACAAUGCAUUGGGCAAUUGUUAUACUUUCAACGCGGGGAGAAAAUGGCUCCCAAAAAUGUCGUUGAACACCGGAAGAAGGCAUGGUUUGCAGAUGGUACUGAACAUCAACCAGCCCGAAUACGUUUCCAACACUUACGAAGUAUCUGGCAUUCGAUUGGUGGUCCACCAACAUAAAACCAUUCCUUUUCCUGAGGACGAAGGUCUUGCUAUCAAUGCAGGUCAAGUUACGUCCUUAGGCUUGAAACAGAUUAAUUUGAAACGAAAGAGUCCUCCUUAUAACUACUGCUACGACACAGACAACUCAGACCCGAUGGACAACGUUUAUGGUGAAUUGUUUGAUGGAGUCAUUUACAGCACUGGGGGAUGCAUGAGAACGUGCUACCAACGAAACGUCAUCAGUGAGUGUGGGUGUGGCGAUCCCGCCUACCCCCUCAAGGGCCUUGCCAUUAGUGCAAAUAACUCUCUAACUGCUUAUCCUCCAUGCUCCGAAAUUGAUGCAAACCAGUGGCAGUGCUUGCAAUAUGUAACUGAAAUGUACAACAACAAUUCGAUAAAUUGUGAUUGCAAUGAACCUUGCAAAGAGACAACAUACACUGUCACCUUAUCAAUUGGUGCAUGGCCAGCUAACGUUCAAAAGGACAUGUUGUUCGAGAAGUUCCAAGAUAUGGUGAAUUACUCCGUUGCAGACACUUACCAGGAGAACUUAGCUAAGGUGGAACUGUACUACGAGGAAUUCAACCAUGAGCGCAUUGAGGAGAAGCCAUCAUAUGAAUUACCUCAGUUCCUGUCGGACUGUGGUGGGAUCUUGGGACUUUGGUUGGGAAUGUCAGUCCUGACCAUUUGUGAGUUUUUAGAAUUUGGUAUGGAUUUGUUCUUCUUUGGGAUUUGGGAGGGAUGCAAACGAAAGAGGAAAAAAACGAAAGUGGAGGAUAUCAGGAUUGAACAGGAUGCUCCAAAUGCUGCAAGCUUGAAUAUGGUGAACUUGAAGAAAAACCCAAUGGAGACAUCCAAGAAAAGAGCGUCUUUUGUUGAUAGUCCAUUUUAUAUCAACUGAAUUCUGUGUCGUAUUUAGCGUGCAAAAUUUUAACUGAAACAAACAAGACAUUUAUCUGAAACCUACAUUUUAAUGUUAAAAGGAAAUUUAUUAUUUUUUAGGUCUGAAAAAAUAUAUUUCAAACUAUCACCCAGUCAGAGUUUUUUACUUUAUCGAUAUAAAAAUUUUGCUCUUUAGAAUUUCACAAGUUGUUCUUUUUUCUCUUAACGACAAAUGUUUUUCAAGUU